GUGGACACGUACUUCUGGAGCUGGUCUCCAACACUGGGAUUUGCUUUUGGUUUCGGGAAGACCAGGCUGCGUGGCCUCCGUGUGGGAUUCUACCUGCUGAGCUUAUAGAUUUUUUUUAAUUAACUACAUCCUGCUGCUGGCAGCGCAGGUUUAACCAGGGCAGGACUUCCUGUAAGCUUUGAACCAGAGGAACCGGAUUCACUCUGCGGACUCAGAGGUCAUCCCACUGACCAACUGUGAGGCCAUGUACCAGGCAGCUGUCUCCAAGCGAGCGGGCAACACCAUCCCCAGCGGGGUCAUGGAGGAAUCGGAGGUCUGCUCCCUGCCAGUGGGAAUCGCCAGUGUGAGGAAACAAUUUGAGACCCAGGAAACGGCCACAUCACACAAUGUAACCCAGUUCCAUUUCCAUCACCGAACUGUGCAGGAGACGUCAAACUCGGAGGUGACUGUGUCGAGCAGCAGCAGGCAGAUCGUCCCGGGGAGCCAACAGCUCAACUUCAACCAGGAGACGAUGGUGUCGUACAGCGACAGUAACCUGGCAUCCAGUUAUGAAAACCAUCAAGAUGAAACAGAAGAGGAACUUCCCAGGUACACUACAAAAGAACUGAGGGAUCGCUUUGAAAGAACAAUAGAAGAAGCUGCUCCUCCCAAACCAGUCAAAAUUGGACGUGACAUCAAUCGUGCUAAGUGGUCCUCAAAUGUCACACAUAACAACGCCUUGGCUUGUGAGGUCUACGAGGCGUCUGCUGCUGCUGGAGCGAGAGAAGAAACAACAGCUGCAGUGAUGGAUUAUGAAGACUUCCCACCCCCACCGGCUGAGGAUUCUGACUAUCUUCCACCCCCACCCCCCGACUUACUACAAAUGCCAUUAGACGAUGAUAAUAUUCCAGAGGGCCAUUACUCACCCGAACCUCCAGAGCCAGCAAACCCCAAAUACCAACUAAACAGAGAGGCCUACUUCAAACAGAAGGGCAUGUCAGAGCUGAAACGGCUAUACAAACACAUUCAUCCUGAGGUUCGCAGGAAUAUCGAGAAAGAGUGCUUGAGCGACAACAAUGAAACAGAGAUCCGCCAGUUGGAGAGAGAAGAGUACAUGUACGAGCGCGACGAUGUUAGUCCAAAUGAAAUGAACGAUGAGGAAUACGCGGAUUGGGAGGAGAUUCUUCCGGGCGAGGUGCAGAACAUGCGUUGGAUGUUUGAAAAUAAGCCGCUGGACACCAUCAAAGAUGAAACUCUCGAUGAGGAGGAGGAGGACGAAGACAAGAAAAUAACCCAACAGGAAAUGAUUCUCGGCAAAGAUGUGAGACGCACAGCCUGGAUGUUUGAGACGAAGCAGAUAGAUGAGCUGGGUUCACAAAAUCCCAACUCCACAGAAUACAGAAAUAAAUCCAACAAAUUUGACAAAGGGGACGUGCGUGCUGCGGCGUGGCUUUUUGAAACCCAAUCUAUGGACACUCUGAACAAGAUGCGUACGGAGGAGGAUUUAACUAAAGAGGUCGCGUUCACUGAAGAGGAUGGAAAUGCCACCAUUUACAUGAUUGACAAUAAGUACAUGGAAACACUCGGGCACACCGAGACCAUUGACGAGAGCCACCUGCUGAGUCUGAGGGCAGUGUUGGAGGAAAUUAACGGAGACGUGAAAACCAUAACAAGCACUUUUGACACUCAGUUUAAAUGCAUAAUUAUGGGUCAAUCGAGCCAGAUGCUGGAGAUUAAAUCCGUGCGCAAGAUUGAAACCGAAUUAGAAAACUCCAUUGCCUCACGCUGGCUUUUCGACACCCAACCCCUGGACAUGACAAACAGAGAGCCAUCACCUCUGAAACUUGUAUGCAGUCUUUCCAUGGAGGACAGCAGUAAGGGAGACUGGGGCAGGUGGCUGUUUGAGAUCAAGACUCUGAAUUCCUUCAACGAGUGGGAAAGCUCUCAGAUGGAGAAGGAAGAGCUCAUUGGAACCGAUGUGCGCAAACACUGCCUGGUGUUUGAAACUCAGCCAAUGGAUUCUCUGAAGGACGACUCCAACGCCAGACCUCAGGCUGUGGAAGAUAUCAUCGGAGGCAAUGUGAGAUCUGCGAGGAACUUUUUUGAAACCAGCCCUCAAGUAGCCAGGAGGAAUUGCACAGAAGUGGGAAAACUUAAAAAGGCAACAGUAAGUGAAGAAAUGAAAGGGGAUGUGAGACACCAAAAGUGGCGCUUUGAGAGUCAAGCUCUGGAGCACAUAAGAGAGGACAAAAAGGAGGUUACACGAACCGUAAAUAUUCAGGAAGACCUCACGCAGGAGGAUGGCACAAGCUGCAGGGCGGAUGUUCGUAAGAAUUGCUGGGCAUUUGAGACGCAACCAAUGGAUACUUUGAAAGAUGAUUCAAAUACUCAGUCUAUGACAAAAGAGGAGAUUAUCGCAGGUAACGUGAGAUCAGCCAGGCAUUAUUUUGAAACGAAUCCAGAUGAGGAGUUGAAAGAGCUUGCAGAGGUGGGCAAACUCAAAAAAGCAGCAGCACUUGAUGAGGAAAAAGGUGACGUGAGACAUCAGAAAUGGAGAUUCGAGAGCCAACCCCUGGAACAGAUUAGAGAGGAAAAGAAAGAAGUAAUUCGAACAAUCGACCUGGAGGAAAUUGAUAAAGUGGAUGUCUUGAACUACAAGCAAAUCUUUGAGAGCACAGAUUCAAACUGGAGAGAUGAAUCACAUAAGAUCCUCAUAGAGGGUGCGCAGUCUGGGUCUGUGAAAUCAAAUAAAAACCUGUUUGAGUCUUCACAGCUUUACGCCAUGCAAGACAGCUCGGGCCACUUUCAUGAGGUGAGAACAGUGCGGCGUGAAGAGGUUGUAAAAGGAGACGUAACAUCCUGCAAGUGGAUGUUUGAAACUCGACCAAUUGACCAGUUUGACGAAACCAUGGAUAGAUACCAAAUCAUCAAAGGUAUUUCCAAGCAAGAAAUAGAAUCUGGUGAUGUUAAAACUGCAAAGUGGUUGUUUGAAACGCAGCCUCUCGAUGCCAUUAAGUACUUCAGCAAUAUCGAAGAUGAAGAAACUGUGGAGACAAGUACAAAACAAGAUGUCGUGAAGGGCGAUGUGAAAACCUGCAAGUGGCUAUUUGAAACCAAACCGAUGGACAUCCUGUGCGAAAGAUCUGAGUUGAAGGGUGAAAAUGAGUCUGAAGAAAUGCGCAAGGGAGACGUCAAAACGUGCACAUGGCUCUUUGAGACACAAGCACUUGAUACUCUCCACGAGACGGAGACAGUUCUGAAAACGUGCACAGUCAAUCAGGAGGACGUUCGAGGGAAGGAUGUGAGAACGGCUUGUUUUCUCUUUGAGACAGAUAACCUGGAGAACCUCACCGGGGAGGAGACGGAUUCGUUCAAGCGCGUCACUGAGAUUGACAUCGGGUCUGGAGAUGUGUCGAGGAUGAAGUAUGUUUUUGAAAACCAGACCUCAGAUAUCAUGACUUCAACAUCUGACGAAGUGAUGCAAAAGCUCAAGAGAGUUCAGACUGAGGAUAUACUACGAGGAAAUGUGGGGACCUGCAAAUGGCGCUUUGAAAACCAAUCCAUUGAUACAUUACACGAAAGCCAAGAAGAAUCGAUAAGCCGCACAGUAAAUGACGUACAAGGCGGAGAUGUAGAUAAAGGCCGUUUCAUUUUCGAAACACGCUCAUUGGAUAAAAUCCACGAGGUGUCGGCCGAAACUGACUCGGAGCUGAUGAAAAUACAAAAGAUUGUUCGCGACAAAGAUGAGAAAGGUGAUGUGAGAAAUUACACCAUGAUGUUUGAAACUGAGCCCCUUUACGCUAUUCAAGACAAAGAGGGCCAUUACCACGAGGUCACCACUGUGACGAGCGAGGAGGUAUCAAGAGGAGAUGUAGUGGGAACCCGCUGGUUGUUUGAAACCAAGCCUCUCGACGCCAUCCAUGACACAGAUGAGGUUUAUGUCAUAAAAUCUGUCACACAACAGGAUGUUCAAAAAGGAGAUGUCACCUCUGCCAAGUGGAGAUUUGAAACCCAAAAUCUUGAUAGGAUUGCUGAAGAAAAGAAGGAAUUCACAAAGACUGUUGAUGACAUUCAAGGAGGCAACGUCAGCAUGAAUAAACACCGCUUUGAGUCGGAUGCCUCGUCACAGGAGUCCGUUAGAACGGUAAAUGUAAGUGAAAUACAAAAAGGUGAUGUCAGGACUGCGAAGUGGAGAUUUGAAACCCAGUCAAUCGAUAAAAUAAGGAGCAUGAGCUCUGAAAAUCUGAUUGAAACUGUUAAGAGGGAGGAGGUUGCAAAGGGAGAUGUUAAACAGUCAGUCUGGCUCUUUGAGAAAAAUCCUCUUGACCACAUUAAAGAAGCAGAUGAAGAUGUGGAGACAACCGUCACUCAAGAGGAGAUCCCCAAAGCGGAUGUGAAGACAGCGACAUGGCUCUUUGAAACGACACCAAUGGAUGACUUUAAUGAGACCAAAAUGGAGAGGACUGAAAUUCAGGGGAAGAGCGUCAAGGGAACGCUUGAGGAGCUUUACAGUCAGGAAAUGGUGAAGUCGAAGGGAAUACUCAUUGAAGCUGAUGAAAUUGGCGAUGUGAGGAUGGCAAAGUAUCAGUUAAUGAAUACGCAGGCUCCAGAAAUUCAACGAGAGGACGUCAUCAGCGGAGAUCUGCAAACGAUUAUGAUGAACCUACUGACCAGACAGGAACGAGGCGAGCAGCAGAUCAUCAUAGAUUCAGAGGAGAAGGGCAACAUUAGUUCAACGAUGCAGGAGCUAUUCAGCCAAAAAACAGGCAGCUCUACUGAAAGGGAGGAGAUACUAAGUGGGGAUAUUCGGGAAGCUAUAAACAACCUUUUCAGUGGGGACGGGUCAAAAAAACAUGGAAUACUCAUCCAGGAGGGUGAAAAGGGAGACGUACAGAUGACAAUAUAUUCCCUUCUCAAUCAGCAAGAGAAUGCCAAUGUUGAAAGAGAAGACAUCGUAAGAGGCGAUAUAAAGAGCACCCUCCAAAAACUGUCCAGCUAUGACAAGACAGAUCAGGCCACAAAGAUAAGGGUGGAUGAUAUUGAGAAAGGAAAUGUCAACUUUUACUCCACAUGCAUUGAAUCUGGGGCACUUGACUAUCUCAAACAGCUCCAUCUAGGAACUGAAGAGACGUCAACUGAGAGAGAAGAAAAAGAGGAGAUCGUCGGAGGUGACAUCAAGGGCACGAAACUGAUCCUCGGUCGGAGUCAAAUGCAAAUUGAGCGCACAGUAGAGGAUGUGACACCUGGGGAUGUUCACAACACAGUUAAAAAGUUCAUGACGGAGCCGACAGUAGAGAGACUGCAAAAAGAGGAGAUCAUCAAGGGGGAUUUAAGGGCCGCUAUGAGUUCCCUCUCUGAAUCGGUGAAUCAGACUGUUGUUAUGGAGAAAGAGGAGGUGGUGAAAGGAAACCUAACGAAGACUCUGCGGUGUCUCGAGAAGGCUCAGCAGCACCACAAGGAAGUGGAGAAGCCAGAUAUCGUACCAGGAAAUAUCAGGGGGGCUAAGAGAUCGCUUGAGAAAUCAGCAACAUCGAGAACUAAAGUUGACGUUGAGGAUUUGGUCUCUGGAGAUGUAAAGGCCACGCUGAAAUCUCUGGAGCUGGCAAAGCAAACGGUGCGGGAGGUUGAAAAGGAGGAAAUUGUGAGGGGUGAUAUUAACAUGGCAAUGCAAAACCUACACGAUGCCUCCAGUGAAAGGAUAACGUGUCAGCAGGAAAUAGAUGUGCAGGGAAACAUCAGAGGGACCAUUCAGCUCUUAAUGGAGUCUCCACCUUCACCGAGGAUGCAAAGAAGCCCGAGCGACGAGGGCGACGUAAAGGGUGAUGUCAAGAUGUCAAUUAAGUCAUUAUAUGACAUGCAGGAGCAGACCCAGCUGGAGAAAGAAGAGGUGAUAAAGGGGGAUGUAAAAGGCACUAUUAAAUCUCUGCUGGAAACAGCGCAGCGGGAAGCUCAAACCAAAGUCAGGCAAGGGGCAUACAGAAGAGCUCGAGUCAAGCAGAGCCCUCCCGUUAAAAACCUGAAUGCUGAUGCACAGAGGAACAUUCAGAAGUUAAGAACAUCUAAUGUGGUGGAAACAUCAACAUCCUUGAAGGAAACUGAAGCUGUUGCAGCAAAGACUUGUACUGUGGAGCAGUCUUCUCAGCAAUCGACCACUGUGGUGGAGCAUAAAACUAUAACUCAAAACCAUGGUAUCAAAACAGUGAAGACAGAGUUUCGUAAUCUAAACUCUAACCAAAGGGGAAUGACAAAACAAGACAAAACCAGAGUAAAAACUGGUGUUUACAUCUUACAACAACAAGUGCCAGAGCCUGAACUGCCUCUCCCACCUCCACCUCCUCCAGUAGUAGACACUGACCUUCCUCCUCCUCCUCCUCCUACUCCUCCUCCUCCUCCCUCUGUUGAUUCUGACAUUGAUCAGCUUCCUCCUCCACCACCACCCCUCACCAGUGAGCAGGACCUCCUCCCACCUCCUCCAUCUCAACAAGAACUGGAGAGUAUGCCAGCCCAGGCAAUUCACCCUUCACCAGCCAAAGCAAAAAGGUUGACUGUGAAAAAAGUGAAAGCUCCGACUUUACACCAAGUCCCGAAACUGGAGCCUAAAGUGGAGAUCAGCAAAACACAGAAGAUGGAGGUUACAUCGGAGAAAAAGGUAGAAAUGAGCCAAAGCCUAUCAAAGACAACAACACAUACAUCGAAGAUUGUCUCAUAUGAAAUUCCUCCACCACCUGAGUCACCACGACCAAUACAGAAAGUUUAUGUUGCUCCUGUGAAAUUCACCCCUCCGUCUUCUCCUACUCCCCCCAUGAGGGGGAUAAUGACCAAAUUCACCCCUCCGUCUUCUCCUACUCCCCACAUGAGGGGGAUCAUGACUAAAUUCACCCCUCCGUCUUCUCCUACUCCCCACAUGAGGGGGAUUAUGCAUAAAUUCACCCCUCCGUCUUCUCCUACUCCCCACAUGAGGGGGAUAAUGACUAAAUUCACCCCUCCGUCUUCUCCUACUCCCCCCAUGAAAGGUAAAAUGACUAAAUUCAAAACUCCUCUGAUAAAAGCAGAAGAACAGUUCCGGAAACUUAGAGACGAAAACACGCCACCAACAACUCCAACCCCAAUUUACAUACAUGACUCGGUUACUGCAGCUCUUGAGAUGCUCUCCAACGAGGACAUAGAGCAGUUUGAUACCAAAACAUCAGAAAUCACAAAGCAGCAAGCUGAAAAGACGUCUCUCCAUGUUCAUUCAGAUUUAGCACCAUGUGAUUUAUCCAAGGAUGUUGUUAAUGUCACCCAUGGCAAAGUCAGUGCCAGUCAGGAGACAAUGCUCAGUGAUUCUAUGAUUAUAUCUAAUGCUAAACAGCAAACUGUCUCUGAGACUUCUAAGGUUGUCUCCGUUCAAAAGACUUCAGUGAGACAACAGAUGCAUUCGACAUCACAGAAGACAGUUUCGGUUUCCUCUAGUCAGUCUGCGGCGUCUGUCAUUACUGGCGAGGUCCACACGUCAAACACUGUGGUUGCAAACACAGAAAACAUGACUGAUAAGAGAAAGGAGUCUAAAAGUCAGAAAACAAAGGGAUCCGACAAAUCUGAAAAUGAAAAGGAAGGCGAGAUGCUUAAACCUGAACGCUCUGUCACUGCUGAGGAGAAUGUUAAAUCAAGCAAAACGCAAUCAGAGAGCAAGAAGACUACAGACAAUACAGCAACCAAAUUAAUCACUAACCUUCCUAAUAAGUCCUCCAAAACAGACAAUGUCACUAUAGGGAAAAAUGUAAAGGAGUCAAAAUCACCACCGUGUGAAAACAAAAAAAAGAAUGAUCAAUCUCCUACCAAGAGCCAAGAGAAGGUUUCUGAUCAGUCAGUGCAAACAGACAAGACAGCUGCCACCGCAAAUGGAAAAACAGGCAAACAGAACCAAAAGGGGAAAAAGAACAACAAACAAGAGAAGCAAGUAGAGACAAAAAUGUCACAUGAGAGUCAGAAACAGAGUGUUUCACAAGAAUUGAAGGUGGAAACUACAAGGGUGAAAGUGAUCACUGACUCCAAAGAGUUAAAACUUGGAAUUAAGAAAGUCACAGCCUCGCCUGCUCCUGUCUCAGCGCUCGCUGCUUCUGAGAUCAUAACAGACGUCCAAUUAGAAACUCCGACUCCGACAAAGAGGAAAAAGAAGUCCAAAAGGUCUAAAGGGGGAUCACCGCCAAGUCAAAGUAAAGAUGUUUCCACAGAAUCAAUGGUAGAAGCUAAAGAAACCAAGACUGAUACUACCCAUCAAACACAGGACACAAUUGCAGUUGCCCAAGUUCACAAAAGUUUAAAAGAAGAGCACAUGCAAGUCAUGAGAGAAGUCAUCGCCACAGACCAUCAGAAACUAAAGCAAAAAGAAAUUAAAAAAGACUUGAAGUCGUCUGAAAUGAAGAAAGGAGUGACGCUUCUUCAGCAGAGUGUGGAGGAACAACAGAAAAAAAGUAGGAAUGUCCCAAUUACAGUGACAGGCGAGUCAGAACAAACUCAGUUGGCAAAGUCCACAACCGGAAGAACAGAUGGGGAUUCUCAAAGGCGAGAGGUCCAAGUGUUAAUCUCUCACACGACAGAGCUACAAAGAAAAAAUGAUUCUAAAUCUUUAAAGACUCUGCUCAAUGCACUCCCAGAUUGGCUCAUAAGUCCACAGAGAAGAUGUGAACUGGAGGAAUCCGUGGUGGAAAGUGAUGCACAUAGAAAUAAAGAAAUUCUCUCACAUGUGAGGAAACUGGCCGAAGCUAAACUAAUGCAUCUGGAAGAUAAUGAGACAAUGGAGAAGCAUGAAUUUGAUUCAGUUUCUGAUAAGGCGAUUUCUAGUGGGGCAACACAAAGAAUUUCCAAGAUCAGUAUUGGUUCUGCCAAAAUUGAUAACCAAAUAACUAAAAAGACAUCUCAAGUAUGGAGGGAAGAAGUGAGUCAGUUCAAGUCUGUUGACUUGCGCGCUCCUUCGCCAUUACUAAGGAUGCGAUCUCCCUCGCCGACAUUCAUCACAAUAGAAUCCACACGAAGAUCCAACUCACCCCAGAGGGUAACCCCAUCACCUACCCUGCUGCAAAGGCCUCCCACACCUCCCACGCCACCACCACGCAGGUGCGACACACCGACAUCUCGCCUCAAUAGAAUAACGCCGUCUCCAACUUUUGACAGAGCAGAAAAUUUGGCUCGUCUCAAAGACACAACAGCCAAGCUCUCACGUGGCGUCACCCCACCGCCCCUUCUUGCUCCACAGCAGAUAUCAGAGAAGAAGUCAGAGAUUGUGGAACCGCCUGCAUCAUUCCAUCGGCAAAUCAAAAUCGGGUCUCAAAUUGUGGAGGCUCAGACUUUGACAGCGAAUGAAACACAAAGUGAGUCUGAGACUCGAGCACCAUUGUGUCCUUAUAACCCAGAUCUUGAAGAAGAUUCAGAGCUGUCGUCUGCGUCAGUCAGAGAAAAGAGAGAGUUUUUUGAAGAUGCUCAAAAGGCUGAGAUUGAAAAGACCUACGUGCGGAAGGAACCCAUCGCCAUCCCUGAACGACUGGGCCCUGACCUGGAGGAGGAUGUAGCAGAAAAUAAGAACAAAGAAACGGAUGAGCUUCCCAGAGCGGACUUGUAUGGUCUUGUAAAUAAAUUUGAAUCAUCAGAAGAGAAGAUGUGUUUCAAAAGAGAGCUCAUCCCACUCGCAGAGCAGCUUCACAACAAUACGGAAGGAACAGCUUGUAACAAAGAGAAAGUAGACAUCCUGGAACAGGGAAUGCCAAGUUUUGACAUCCAGGCUAUUAAAAAUGUUUUUGAACUGGGUGAGCUAAGUUCCUCUUUCAGAGAGGAGAGGGAGGAUCACGAGGAGCCUGAGUCAAAUCUGAGUGAAACAACAGCAGACACUUCAAAGCGGGAAAGGACCCAAGAGACCAGGGGAGGCUCACGGCAGAGCACCCCCCUCCCUCUCCAGAAACAUGAGGCAGUAGCUGUGCCAGCAAAACCAUCAGCCUCCUCUGAAGCCAAAUCAAUCACAGAACAUUUCUCAAAUGUUGAUGAGUUUGGUAAUGAGGUCAUCGGAACAAGGAUAGCUGUCAUCGAGCUUUCGGAGAGCGCAUCAAGCCAACAGGUUCCUUUCUCCUACGCCGAUGUAGUCAAAAGAAAAGCUGCAGCAGCGAGGCGAACAGACACGUUGGAUGAAGACGCUACGGAGAAGCUGCUGAGGAACUUCCACAAAACGUGGACGGAGAGUGAGACAGUUUUCAAGAGUCUUGGCUACUCUGUUUCUGAAGAGACGACGGCCCAAGUUCUGUCAAGCGAAACAAGGAUUGUCUCAUCUGGUUCGAGUUCCGAAGUCGGAGCUCUGCACACUGUGUCGGAGGAGAGCUUAUCCAAUGGAUGCUCUGAUAGUGGACAAAAACAAGUACCAUAAAUCCUGUUUCUGCUGUGAGCACUGCAAAAAUAAAUUAAGCCUUGGAAAUUACGUCUCUCUCCACGGACACUUCUACUGUCUGCACCAUUACAAACAACUCCUCAAGUCCAAAGGGAACCACGAUAAUGGACUUGGGCUGAAACCUCCCGCAGGAAGAGGUGGACCUAUCCCCUCAGAUGAGAAACUUGAAUGGAGAUAUUCCAUGAGCAGCAUUAGUUCAGUAGACAAAACACAAAGCGGUGAAAACGAAACGACUAAAGUGUUAGAUGAAAACAAACCACACUCCAAUAAAAUAUCUGUAGUUUGGCCCCCACAGGCCGAUCCCCCAAAGAUGGCCUUUAAAAUAGAAGAAGACAUUCAGCUAACUAAACCGCAGUGGCCCCCUCCAGACAACUCCCCCAGGUCCCCCAAACAACAGCACAGAAAGGCUGUUCCCAGAAGUACCCUUUGAAAGAAAGUCACCAAAAUACACGGUUUAGUCAAGUAAAUACAAAGAAGAGCAGCACACGACAAUGAACGGUAAUAGAAAGUGUUACAGGAGUGUCCCGGCAGCUCAGUUUAGGAAGUGUUUGGUUGAAGAUCGUUCAGUAAGUCGAAUCGAAAGGGAACAAGAGAUGUAAGGAUACGACAAACUGUAUCGUAGAUGGUGUGAAAAAGCAGGUUUUAGCAGUAAGUUUUAUAGAGAUAGAUGUGGAAAGUGGAAGCAGAUGUGUAGUGGUGUGCUUUGAACUGACGUGCUUAUGUGUAAUUUUACAUCCAGUGAAUUUUAUAAAUUUGUUUCCAUUUAGUAUUUCACACAAAAUAAUCAGAUUUUCAAAUUUGAGAAAAAAACUAUAUUAAGUUAUUUAUUGCACUUCAAUAGGGACCUUGCACUAUUCGUGCUCGACGCCUAAUAACCUGAUAACAAUUGUUAGUAAAGACAUUAUAAUGUCAAAUUUAGUAGUAUACUGGUAAAAUAAUAUAUGUAUUAGCAUUGUAAAAGAGAUUUUCAAAUAUAAUUUGCCCUCCCAGUUUCCUUUUCACCCUUUUUGUUUUAGUCUACCAUUAAUUGGUUAAUUGUACAAAUCAGUCAUUUGUUUUUGUAACUGCAUGGUGAUGCUGUUCUGCUGUUGUAUUAUUUCGUCAGGGUUUUUAUCUUUUAACAUAUCAACAUUUUUGCAUUUGUCUUUUUAGCACCUGGUGUGCAGACUACUAAAAAGCUUAUUGGAAUUAUUUUAUUUAUAAUAUUGAAAGUAUAUAAUAUAAACCAGUGAGUUGGUGGGGAUCAUGUUUGUUUUGGACAUUUGUAUCCUCUCUUUGAACGACAACUAUUUUGCAAUGAAGAAUUGUAUUUUUUAGAUUAGACCGAUAUAAGACAAUUCCUGACUUUGUCAUGCUGUCAGGCUGGUUCACUUUCUUUAUUGCUGAUCUAAGAGCAAUAAAACGUAUGAAUGUCACCGUUUCA